AUGGAGGGGGCUUGGGCCUCGCGCAAGAACCUGUCAGAGCUGCAGCUCAGGCGCAGUCAGCUUGCCAAGUGCCAGGUUGUGCUAACUAAGCUACGAGGCCACGUGGGCGAGGCAGCCACCGCUGCUGUGCUUGCCGGCGCCUUUGUGCGGGUGAAGCAGAAGGGCGCCUACCACCUGCGCCGCAUCACCGCGGCGCAUCUCCAAGAUGACGGCAGCCUGCCUGUCCUGGAGCUGGAGGGCGUGGACAAGCCCGUCAGGGGCGAGGAUUGCUCGGACAGCAGCCCGUUUGUCGCGGGUGCUGACGCGCUGUACGAGGCCACGGGGCGCGCGGAGCUGCGGCGGCUGCAGCAGGAGCUGGCCGCGGCGGGCGGGCAGGUGGUGAUCGACCGCGCCACCUCAGCCGCCGCCAUCUGGCGCGUCAAGGUGGUGCUGGCCUGGGCGCCGAGGCUUGAGGAGUACCUGCAAGACAUGGGCAUCAGCCGCCUGGCGGCGGACAUGCAGGAUGCGAGGAUGCUGACUGCGCAGGCCAACAGCCUGGAUCCUCCGCUGCGCCUGCCAGUGGUGCCUGGCUAUCACCCCUCAGCCUGCUCUGCGCCACCACACCCGUCUGGAUCUCUUGCCUCGAUGCCCAGCCAGGCAGAAGCAGUUCCAGGCCCCAUGCAGCCGCACCCAGCCCUGCUCAAGGUGCACCUGCCGCAGCGUCACCCAAGCGGCCUGCAGGCAGGCUAUGCGCCCUCGCCGGGGGCGUCUCCUACGGCGGCCACCUCCCCGCCGAUAGCCUUGGAGCAGGCGCCCAGCGACGGCAGGUUUGCGGAGCUGCUGGUGUUUGGGCUGCCCUCUGGCAGCACCCACGGCAGCCUGGCGACCUUCUUCAGAGGCUUCUACCCUUCUGUCCACUCGGCAAAGGUGUGGGCCCCGCUCGCCAGCCGGGGCGAGGUCUGCCGCCAGUGCGCCAGCGUGCGCUUCAUGAGCAGGGAGGAGCGGGAUGCGGCUGCCAGGGAGAUGAGCGGGCGCAUUCUGGGCGGCAAGGCGAUCACAGUGGCGCUGCCCGAGGCGGAGCAGCAGCCAGGGGCCGCUCCCGCUGCCGAGCAGCCCAUGGGGCCCAGCCCGUCGGGGCUGCCGCCGACUUUCAAGCUGCAUGUCAAGGGGAUGCCUUCCGACGCCACCGCAGCAACACUGGCUGAUUUGUUCAGCCAGCAGUAUUGUUCGGUGCUAUGGGCAAGCCUGGUCCCCCAGCGCAUGGCCGACGCGGGGCUGGUGGCUAGGGGUUUUGGCCUCGCUGUGCAGCGAGGUUUUGUGGGCUUUGGGCUGCGGUCAGAGCGGGAUGCGGCGGUGCGCGAGAUGCAUGGGCGCAAGUGGUCUGGGUGCUCAAUCGCAGUAGAGAUGCCGUUGGGCGAGGCGCCGCCCCAGCCGUGCAGCGCGCCGGCGGACGGUUCCAGCGCAGAGCCGACGGCAGCGCAGCACCAGCCCUCGCAGGCCGUGGCGCAGCAGCAGGCACCGGCCGGGGAUGUCUCUGCCCACGACGGCUUCCCGCUGUUUGUGGUGAAUGUGGGGGACAGUAUGAGCAGUCAGGAGCUGCUUCGCUACUUCAGGGAGCGGUACUCCAGCGUGCAGUCUGCCAGCCUGGCAAUGGCCUGCAAGGUGGGCGGGGCAGGCGUGCCCAAGGGCUACGGCACCGUGCGGUUUGGCAGCGACGCAGAGCGGCGCCGCGCCAGAGCGGAGAUGGAUGGGCACGUGCUGCCGGGCGGCCGCAAAAUUGGGACGGGCCUGCCGCCAGGGACGACCAGCCCGCCGCCAGAGGCAACGAAGGGCAAGAAGCAACACAGGCAAAACGCAGCACAGGCUGCAGCUGACGCAGCUGUUGAGGGGGUGGCCGCGCCAGCGGGGCCAGCCGCGGGGCUGGGGCAGCACGCCCCGCACGCACCGCAGACAGACAGCAGUGCGCAGCAGCAGCCAGCGGCGGCAGCGGCAGCAGCGGCUGCCGCACCCCAGGAGCUGGGCUGGCCCGCCAACCUGCUUGCCAGGGGAGAGGGCAGGGGCGUGGUGGCGCAGGUGCACCCGCCAGCAGUGGUGCCUUUCUUCGCCGUGCCGCUGCCUGCCGCCAUGUGCGGGGAGCAGUGGCGGCAGCAGCAGCCCCAGCUGCAGAUCUUCCCCAGCGGCCUCUCCUCCACUGGCUAUAUUGCGCUGGGCCCUGGCGGCGCAGCGGCGACAGCCGGGGUGGCAGAGGCGCCCGGCGCGCCUCCCACCAGCAGCAGCGCCGGCGGAGGGGCCGCCGACCCCGCCGCCGCUGCUCCGCAGGCGGCAGGCUGUGCCGCCAUCCUGGAGAGGGAGGCGCACCCCGGAUGCGGGGCAGACUCGCGAGGCGCGGCGCCGCAGCCCGGAACGGCGGCGCAGCCCGGAACCGGCCGGGGCGCGGCGCUGCAGCCCUGA